AUAAAAAAGUAUAACCGAUCUGCCUCAAGUUUUGUAAACAAAAGUCAACAAUUCUGAAAGGUAGAAGCUUGGUCACUCGUGCGAGUUUAGCGUUUCUUUUCCAAUAUAAUAGUAAUGACGAAAGACAGAAGAUGACGAGGAAAGAAGACUUUAUUUAGAUUGUUAACUAACCAAUGUGGCUACUUUCGAUGAGGGUUCUUACUAGGUCCUCCCCAGGUUGUCACCCACAAGUAGACUUAAGUACCAGGUCUGCAAUGUCGCCAGCUUUGAAGGAAGCCGUUAGUGUACAGCAGUAUUCCAGCCUAGAGAGCACAAGCAAUUUGAAGAGAAUCAUCAUGGGCUUGGCAUCCCUAGUUUUGAAGGUUCUCAAAAAACAUUACAGAUAAAAAUCACAGAUUAGGACAGCAAGAGAAACCUGUAAUAAGCAACAUUCUACAUUAUAUAUACCUGAGGAGACUGCAUAUUAUUCUUGCUCUUAAAAUGUAGCAGCUAAAAUGUCAGAACUUCAUCCAGCCCCUAAGGCUCCUGAAAUGUCUUCCCAGGCUAAACUUUCUGGGUUGAACAUGCCAGACAUUCAGCCACAAAGCACUAGCACAGGCAUCCCUAUUGUCAUGAGUGAGGAUGUUUACAAUGGCUCUCUGGAUGGACGUCAGCAGUGUUUUGUUCUUGUUGACGAAAGUACUGUUGGAGUCAUGCCUGAGGAUUCGACUGUUCAAAGACUGCUGACAGAACAAGAGGCCAGUAUGAGUGUUAGCUCUGAGAAAAGGGUUCAAGUAAAGCAGAUAGAGAGGGGGAAGACUUUAGAAGUGAUGCAUGUGGGUAAUAAAGAGACAGUUGGAGUAAUGCAUGUGCAGGAUGGAAGAACAGUUGAAGUGUUGCACAUGGCUGAUGGCAAAACAGUAGAAGUUGUUCAGAUGGAUGAAGGUAAAACUCUGGAAGUAAUGCACAUAGAUGCAGGUAAACAUUCAGAGGUGAUUCAUGUUGAUGGGAGCAGCAGCAUUGAGCUUAUGAGUGAGAGUGACCCAGUCAAAAGGUCACUUACAACCCAGAGCAGUCAUGAUUCUACAGCCUUAAGCCUGAGAUCAUUAGCCCCUGUCAAUCCUUCCAUAGUAUUGUCAACAGGCAAAAACAGUCUGCUUACUGGUCAAGAAUUUAGUCGUAUGACUUCAACCAAUGUUAGCCCAAGCAUAGUCUUUUCUGGUAGUAAAGAUGUUCUCUCCAGUAGUGUUGAUAGCUUGAAUAAUAUGAAUAAUACUAUAAUAAUAUCUUGGUCUUCCAUAUCACCAGAGAUAGAAAAUACAAGAGCAACACAGACUGACCCAUGCAAUGCUUGCGGACCUAGCAUGAAUCUUUUUUUUUGUACCUUUUUUGUGGAUGGCAGUGUGCAAACUCAGUGUGAUAUGCCGACAAAAUGCCAUGCAAGUGUGUCAACCAUAAGUAGUGCUCAGUGUAGGGUACAGCCUGAACUACGGAAUAAUGGGGAUUAUACGGAUAGAGACCCAUUACCACACAAGAUGGAAGCAGAAGAAAGAUAUGAGUCUGAUAGAACAGAUCCAAGAUUCUCCAAAAGUGGCAGAAUCCUGAAAGGCAAAGAUCCAUUGUUCAAACUGAAUUCAGGCUUAAUGGAUGGAGACCAAGACUGUGAUCCUGACUUUGAACUACAAGGAGAUGAGAACGAUGAAGAAAAUACUGGUCAUCAAAGUUUAGCUUACAGAAAGAAAAGAGGAAGAAAAAGAAAAAGACGUCUCCCAUCACCAGAUGAUUUUGACGAAGAAUUGGCACUUGUCAACGGUGUUGAAACUGAUGGCAUAAAGACAGAAUCUAUAAUAAAAGAAGAGCCAGUAGAUGCAGACGAUGAUGAAUUAGCUAUGGAAAUCUUGAAAACAAAAGGAUAUGGAUUAAGAACAAAACGACGCCCAAAGAAACUGAGUGAUAUGCACUAUAUGGAGGAAAAGGUAAUUAAAAAGAGGAUUGAGAGAAGUCAAGAAUUUUCCUGUCAAAUGUGCAAAAAAAUAUUCCCAACAUUUUCACGACUUCAAAGGCAUGCCAAAGAUGAACAUGACUCUACAGAAUUUGCAUUCCCGUGUGAUCUGUGUGGUGUUGUGUUUACAAGACCCCAUAAUUUAGAACGCCAUAAAGACACGAAACAUGGUGAUGGUGAACGGCGUUUUGUUUGUGAACACUGCGGACGAAGGUUUGGGCGUCAAGAUGUACUGUCAGUACAUAUUUCAAUGGUUCAUUUUAAAAAGACCUUACAAGGUAAAAAAGGGCCUUCAAUACUUGGACCUAACACUGUACACUGUACUAGUUGUGACAAAUUUUUUUCCAAAGAACAAAAAUUAAGGGAGCAUAGACAAGGAAAUUUAACAUGCAACGACUGUUCAAUUUCAUUUGAAUGUAAGACAUCCUUAAGGAUACAUCAGUACAAGCACCAUCCAACGGCUUGCAAUGAGUGUGGGAAAGUUUGUGAUAGUAAGCAACAGAUGUAUUUUCACCGUUUAUCUCAUGCUCCCAAGUUUGUGUGUAAGUAUUGUAACAAAGGGUUUUUGUGGAAAUCUCAAUACACUGUUCAUAUGGCAACACACACUGGUGAGAAGAAUGUCCUCUGUGAUAUUUGUGGUAAAUCCUUUGCUCACAAACUUGCGGUGAGUAAGCAUAAGUGGCAGGAGCACAAUGAAAGCAAUAAAAAAUUUAAGUGCCCAACGUGUGGUAAAUCUUUUGUAUAUAAGGGGAAAUUACAGUCACAUGUGCGAAGUCACACUGGAGAGAAACCAUUUAUGUGUCAUCUCUGCCCUUCUACCUUCUCUCAGCGAUGUAAUCUAACAGCACACAUAAAGAGUGUCCAUGGUGUGUACAUUCAGUCCAUCAAGAGUGAUGGAACAACUCAUACUCAACUUGUGAAAUAUAAACGUGCUAAGAAAGUGGCACCGACUGAGCCACCACCCGCUGUGGUGAACACUGUGAUAGCCCCACCAGAUGAACCUCCCACUACUGAUCAGCCCCAAGUUGCUAUUCAGGAGCAAGUACAAAUGUCUGAAUCAUUUGAAACAGAAGCAGCUGUUUAUCAGAUUGUAUAUGCUUAUCCACAAUAGUCAGUGGCUAGCCCAUAUAGUUCACUUCUUUGACUGGUAAACUAAAAUUCAACUAAAUGUUAUGGCUUGCUCACAUUUUGAAAGUUGCUAACAGUACAGUAUCAGUAUCUCUCUGUUUUGUACAGUAUUUUAUACUUGUAACAUAUAUUUGACAGUAAUUUAUAUGUUCAUAAUAUUUCUUUAGUGGAUGGAGACAAGAACCUACCAAAACAAAAUUAAGAGUAAUUUUUAUAAAAUGUUUAAAAUAAAAUUUGCACUUGUUUCUUGGAUGAUUUUUAUGUUCACAAAUUUUUUGUUAAUUAUGACAUAUUUAAAUUGAAAUAAAGAAGCAUGGCAUAUUUGUCUUCCACUUGGUUGGAGUGUUGCAGUAGAAGGUGUGCUUGUCUACCUCCAUCCUUGAUAACGCAACUCAAUGACACACAUGGAUUUAGUGUUUUUUUUUUUUUAUAUAUUUUUAAACACAUUGGCUGUCUCCCACUGUGGCAGUGCAUAGGGUAUCUACAUGCUGAACUGAUUCUCUUCACUGCAACUGAUAAUCUAUUUGUUCUAUAUUCAUUGUGCAUUUGUUAAGCUUUCUUCUGUUUCAUAUUAGAAAUGGUUUUUUCCGUAGCUUGAUCUCAGCACAGUAACAGACCAGCACAGUAACAGGCCAGCACAGUAACAGGCCAGCACAGUAACAGGCCAGCACAGUAACAGGCCAGCACAGUCUCAUCGUUAUGACUCGUGGAGAUGUUUAGAUUAAAAAUAAAGACAAACAUAAACUCAAAAUACAGGACAGUACACUAAAGUAUAAAAUACAGUACACAGCCAAGAUCUUAUGCAUUGAAAAAUGUGUGAAAGUUGAGAAAUUAGGAUCUUGUAACAAGUGUGUUGUACAUGUAUACUAUAAUGUUUCCUGUAGACAAGUAGGUAGUAGGUUGGUAGACAGCAACCACCCAGGGAAGUACUACCGUCCUGCCAGAUGACUGUGAAACAAAAACCUGUAACUGUUUUGCAUGAUGGUAGGAUUGCUGGUUUUUUUUUCUGUCUCAUAAACACGCUAAGAUAACAGGGAUAUCUUGCUACUCCUACUUACACUUUGGUCACACUUCACAGACACGCACAUGCAUAUAUAUAUAUACAUACAUC